CGAUCGGCGACCGAUUUUGCAGAAUAGUUUCUCAAAAGACGCUGUUGGUAUAAGAGUAGUCCUCGACUGUUCCAACAAAGAGAGAGAGGAAAAAAGAAAGAGGGUGGAAGGGAAAGAGUGUUCUUGUCGUUCGUUACUCCUGUUGUUUCUUCUUGGAAACGAAGAAGGAAAUUUAUUCCGAAGAUCGAAUAAUCUAAAGGAAACCGAUAGAGAUUACGGAAGAUGCGGAAGAAGUUUACGAUAGAUCGUCGUUGAAGGAGUUAGGAUCUAUAUUCUUUAAGAGUAUCUUCCCUUUCAAUAAGAUUCGAUCUUAUUGGAAUAAUGUGGACGAAACGACAAAUUCUGCAUAUUUUGAUAGCCCUGAUCUUGACAACAUUUGCAAAAGCAGAACAUCAUGAGAUUUAUGAAAAUCAAUACAGAAAAAGUGAUACUCCCUUCACCUGUUCCGAAGAAGGCUAUCAUCCUGAUCCACACGACUGUAGAGUUUUCUAUAGAUGUGUUGAUCAGGGCAAUGGUGGUCUUUUAACAACCUUUACGUUCGAAUGUGGAAUUGGUACAGUAUUCUCCAAAGAAAAAGGAAAUAUAUGCAUUCAUCCAUAUGAUAGUGGACGACCAGAAUGUGGUGGAUUUGAGAACGAAGUAGAUUCUGAUAUUCAAAAUCUCAGUAUGGAUUCAUAUCCAUCUUAUUCUACAUCCACAACAACUAUAAAAACGAUGGUUAGUACAGAUAUAUCUACAACAACCACUACAAUGAAGCCUACAACCACAACACAAGAUUGGACGACUACGAGAAGACCUGAAAAUAGUACUGAAUUUUCAACAAUUACUCAACCAUCAACAACAUCUGAAUUGAAUCAAAAUGAGAUGAUUGGUCUGGGAGGAGUACAAUGUACUACUGAAGGAUUUUUAUCCGAUUCACAAGAUUGUAGAAAAUUUUAUAGAUGUGUAGACGAAGGUACUGGAAUAUUACGAAAAUAUGAGUUUACUUGUGGAGUAGGAACAGUUUGGGAUCCAAAAAUCGAAGCAUGCAAUCAUGCUUGGGCAGUUACUAGAGAUGACUGUCGACAAGGUGAAGAAACUAGCAAUACAGACAGCGGACAAUGGAAUGGCGAUAUAGGAGAUAAUGGAGGACAAUGGAAUGGAGAUGUAGGAGAUAACGGAGGACAAUGGAAUGGUGAUAUAGGAAGCAAUGGAGGAAGUUGGAAUGGUGGCGGAGGUACAUCAGGUACUGCUGGUGCACCUGGUAUUCCGGGAAAUCCUGGAACAUCAGGCACUUCUGGAACACCCGGAACAUCAGGUAGUCCUGGAACACCCGGUACAUCAGGAACUCCUGGCACAGAUGGAACUUCUGGCACCCCUGGUACAGCUGGAACGCCUGGCACUCCUGGAAAACCUGGAACACCCGGAACACCAGGUACUCCUGGAACAUCGGGAACAUCAAGUAUUCCUGGCACAGCAGGAAUACCUGACACAGCUGGAACACCUGGCACUUCUGGAAUACCUGGAACACCCGGAACAUCAGGUACUCCUGGCAUAGCUGGAACUCCUGGCACUCCUGGCACUCCUGGAACACCUGGAACAGCCGGAACAUCAGGUACUCCUGGCACAGCAGGAAUACCGGGCACCCCUGGUAUAUCUGGAACACCUGGCACUCCUGGAAUACCUGGAACACCCGGAACAUCAGGUACUCCUGGAACACCGGGAACAUCAGGUAUUCCUGGUACAGCUGGAACUCCUGGCACUCCUGGAACACCUGGAACACCCGGAACAUCGGGUACUCCUGGCACAGCAGGAAUACCGGGCACCCCUGGUACAUCUGGAACACCUGGCAAUCCUGGAAUACCUGGAACACCCGGAACAUCAGGUACUCCUGGAACACCGGGAACAUCAGGUAUUCCUGGUACAGCUGGAACUCCUGGCACUCCUGGAACACCUGGAACACCCGGAACAUCGGGUACUCCUGGCACAGCAGGAAUACCGGGCACCCCUGGUACAUCUGGAACACCUGGCAAUCCUGGAAUACCUGGAACACCCGGAACAUCAGGUACUCCCGGCACAGCAGGAAUACCGGGUACGCCUGGCACAGUUGGAAUACCUGGCUAUCCUGGAUCACCUGGAACACCCGGAACACCUGGCACUCCUGGAAUACCUGGAACACCCGGAACAUCAGGUACUCCCAGCACAGCAGGAAUACCGGGCAUGCCUGGCACAGUUGGAAUACCUGGCUAUCCUGGAUCACCUGGAACACCCGGAACACCUGGCACUCCUGGAAUACCUGGAACACCCGGAACAUCAGGUACUCCUGGCACAGCAGGAAUACCGGGCACCCCUGGUACAUCUGGAACACCCGGCACUCCUGGAAUACCUGGAACACCCGGAACACCUGGCACUCCUGGAAUACCUGGAACACCCGGAACAUCAGGUACUCCUGGCACAGCAGGAAUACCGGGGACCCCUGGUACAUCUGGAACUCCCGGCACUCCUGGAAUACCUGGAACACCCGGAACAUCAGGUACUCCUGGAACACCCGGAACAUCAGGUACUCCUGGUACAGCAGGAAUACCGGGCACGCCUGAUACAGUUGGAAUACCUGGCUAUCCUGGAUCACCUGGAAUGCCGGGAACAUCAGGAACUCCUGGAAUUCCCGGAAUUCCAGGCACUUCUGGAAUACCUGCUUCUUCUGGUAUACCUAAUACUGGUGAAACAUCAGAUACUUCUGGAAUUACUGAUAUUGCUAGUACUUCAGGGACUACGGAUAGCCCUGAUUCGCCAAAUGUCCCUGUUAUAUCGGGUACUCCAGGUAUAUGUAAUGCAGAAGGAUUCUUCGCCGAUCCACAGAAUUGUCGUAAAUUUUAUCGGUGUGUAAGAGAUGGCAAUAAAUUCAUAAAAUAUGACUUUGAAUGUGGUGUUGGAACUGCUUGGGAUUCCACUAUACAAAGUUGUAAUCAUGAGUACAACAUACCAAAUUGUACGAGUAAUGCUGAAGGGGAUUUGACAACGCCUGAUUCUUCAAUCAAUGAAAUUGAUUCUUCUAGCCCUUCGAAUUCAAGUGAACAGUCACAAAUAAGCACAUCCAGACCUACUCAAGGCACAACACUAUUUAGUACUUCUGUGUCAUAUCUGCCGCCGGAAACAACUACAGCAGGCACGACAAUAACAUCUUCUAAACCCGAAGAAUCGGUAACAUCAAUAAUACCUGAUAGACCUAGUACUUCUGAGAUAUUAGGUCCAACCGGCCCAAACUCUUCCGGAAUACCUGAAACAUCAGGCACUUCUGGCACUCCUACUAAACCUGGCAUAGCAGGAAUACCUGGCACUCCUGGAACGCCUGGUACUCCUGGAAGCCCAGGCUCACCUGGAAAACCUGGCACAUCAGGCACUCCUAGCACAGCAGAAAUAACGGGGACCCCUGGCACAACUGGAACAUCUGGCUCUCCUGGAAUACCUGGUAAACCUGGAACACCAGGUACUCCUGGUACAGCAGGAAUACCUGGCUAUCCUGGUUCUCCUGGAAUACCGGGCUAUCCUGGAUCACCUGGUAUACCCGGAACAUCAGGAACUCCUGGAACAUCUGAAAUACCUGUUUCUUCUGGUAUACCUGGCACUGAUGGAACAGGUACUUCUGGAAUUAAUGAUAUUGCUAGUACUUCAGGGACUACGGACGGUUCUGAUACGCCAAAUGUCCCUGUUAUAUCGGGUACUCCAGGUAUAUGUAAUGCAGAAGGAUUCUUCGCCGAUCCACAGAACUGUCGUAAAUUUUAUCGAUGUGUAAGAGAUAGCAAUGAAUUCAUAAAAUAUGAUUUUGAAUGUGGUGUUGGAACUGCUUGGGAUUCCACCAUACAAAGUUGUAAUCAUGAGUACAAUGUACCAAAUUGUAGGAGUAAUGUUGAAGGGGAUUUGACAACGCCUAAUUCUUCAAUCAAUGAAAUUGAUUCUUCUAGCCCUUCAAUUUCAAGUGAACAGUCACAAAUAAGCACAUCCAGACCUACUCAAGGCACAACACUAUUUAGUACUUCUGUAUCAUAUCUGCCGCCGGAAACAAGUACAGCAGGCACGACAACAACAUCUACUAAACCCGAAGAAUCGGUAACAUCAAUAAUACCUAGUAGACCCAGUACUUCUGAGAUACUAGGUCCAACCGGCCCAAACUCUUCCGGAAUACCUGAAACAUCAGGCACUCCUGGCACAACUGGAAUACCUGGAAGACCAGGCACACCUGGAAUACCUGGAAGACCUGGCACACCUGGAAUACCUGGAAGACCAAGCACACCUGGAACACCUGGUACUUCUGGAAUCUCUGCCACUCCUGGAACGCCUGGUACUCCUGGAACAUCUGGUAUUUCUGGAACGUCUGGUAUUCCUGGAACAUCUGGUACUCCUGGAACGCCUGGUACUCCUGGAACGCCUGGUACUCCUGGGACGUCCGGUACUCCCGGAACGCCUGCUACUCCUGGAACACCUGGAACAUCUGGUAUUCCUGGAACAUCUGGUACUCCUGCAACGCCUGGUACUCCUGGAAGGCCUGGUACUCCUGGAACACCUGGUACUCCUGGAACGCCUGGUACUCCUGGAACGCCUGGUACUCCUGGAACGCCUGGUACUCCUGGAACGCCUGGUACUCCUGGAACGCCUGAUACUCCUGGAACGCCUGGUACUUCUGGAACGUCUGGUACUCCUGGAACACCUGGAACAUCUGGUACUUCUGGAACGCCUGGUACUCUUGGAAGCCCAGGCUCACCUGGAACACCUGGUACUUCUGGAAUCGCUGGCAUUCCUGGAACGCCUGGUUCUCCUGGUACUCCUGGAACAUCUGGUACUUCUGGAACGCCUGGUACUCCUGGAAGCCCAGGCUCACCUGGAACACCUGGUACUUCUGGAAUCGCUGGCAUUCCUGGAACGUCUGGUUCUCCUGGUACUUCUGGGACAUCUGGUACUUCUGGAACGCCUGGUACUCCUGGAAGCCCAGGCUCACCUGGAACAAUUGGUACUCCUGGAAUCGCUGGCAUUCCUGGAACGUCUGGUUCUCCUGGUACUCCAGACACUCCUGGUACACCUGGAAUUUCUGGAAUACCUAGUUCUCCUGAAACGCCUGGUUCUCCUAGUAGUCCAGAAACAUCUAACACUUCUGAUACUUCGGGAACUCCUAGUACCUCGGAGACGUCAGAUGCGUCUGUUAUACCUGGUACUCCAGGUGUAUGUUACAAAGAAGGAUUCUUCCCUGAUCCUCAGAAUUGUCAUAAAUUUUAUCGAUGUGUAAGAGAAAGCAAUGAGUUCAUAAAAUAUGAUUUUGAAUGUGGUGUAGGAACUGUUUGGGAUUCCACUAUACAAAGUUGUAAUCAUGAAUACAACGUACCAAAUUGUAAGAAUAGUGUUAUAGAUGAUUUAACAACCCCUGAUUCUUCUAUCAAUGAAAUAAACUCUUCUACUUCUCCAAGUACAAUUGGACAGUCACAAAUUAGCACAAGUAGGCCAGUUCAAGAUACAACACUAAUUAGUACUUCUGUGUCAUAUCUACCCCCGGAUAUAACUACAGUAAGUACGACUACGACGUCAUUAACUACUAGACCGGAAGAAUCGGUAACAUCAAUAUCUGUCAGACCUGAUGCUUCCGAAACACCACGUCCUACUGGACCAAACUCUCCUGGAAUACCUGAAAUACCAGGUACUCCUGGCAUAGCUGGAAUACCUGACACUUCUGGUACAACUGGUAUUCCUGGGACAACUGGUACUCCUGCAACGCCUGGUACUCCUGGAAGCCCAGGCUCACCUGGAACACCUGGUACUCCUGGAAUCGCUGGCUUUCCUGGAACAUCUGGUUCUCCUGGUACUCCUGGCACUCCUGGUACACCUGGAAUUUCUGGAAUACCUAACUCUCCUGAAACGCCUGGUACUCCUAGUAGUCCAGGUACAUCUAAUACUUCUGCUAUUGCGGGAACCCCUGAUAUUCCGAACACAACAAAUGUUCCUGUUAUAUCGGCUACUCCAGGUAUAUGUAGCGAAGAAGGAUUUUUCCCUGAUCCUCAGAAUUGUCAUAAAUUUUAUCGAUGUGUAAAAGAAAGUAAUGAGUUUAUAAAAUAUGACUUUGAAUGUGGUGUAGGAACUGUUUGGGAUUCCACAGUACAAAGUUGUAAUCAUGAGUACAACGUACCAAAUUGUAAUAGUAGUGUUGAAAGUGAUUUAACAACUCCUGAUUCUUCUAUCAAUGAAAUAAACACUUCUAUUCUUCCAAAUUCAAGUGAACAGACACAAGUAAGCACAAGCAGACCUAUUCAAGAUACAACACUAAGUAUAUCUGCUUCGUAUUUACCACCGAAAACAACUAUAACAAGUAUGACUACGAUGUCGAUAUCUAGUCGACCAGAAGCAACAGAGACAGCAAUAGUACCUGAAACUUCUGGAAUGACAGAUUCUCCCGAAACUCCUGGAACUUCUGGCACUCUUGGAACAUCUGGAACUUCUGAAACAAAUACUCCUGGUACCCCUGAUACGCCUAGUACUCCUAGUACAACUGGAACUCCUGGCAAUCCAAGCUCAUCUGGUACUCUUGGUACUUCAGACACUCCUGGCAGCUCUGCUACUUCAGAUUCCCCGGUUAUAUCAGGUGUAUGUAAUAAAGAAGGAUUCUUCUCUGAUCCUGAUAGUUGUCAGAAAUUCUAUCGAUGUGUAAAAGAUGGCAAUACAUUCAUGAAAUAUGAAUUUGAAUGUGGCGUUGGUACUGUUUGGGAUUCCAGCAUUCAAAGUUGUAAUCAUGGGUACAACGUACCAAAUUGUAGAAGUAACGCUGGUAUCGAUAUGACAACACCUGAUUCUUCUGUCAAUGAAAUAGAUUUUAUUAGUAGUCCGAGUACAAAUGGACAGUCUCAAAUAAGUUCUAGUAAACCUAUGCAAGAUACAACAUCAUCAAUCUUUAGUUCUACUACAAUAUCAACUACUACUAAUAAUGAGGCACAAUCUAUGAUCCCGACAACAGUUAUAUCUACAUCUUAUUUACCACCAUCAAUUUCUGAAGUUAUUACUAGUACACAAAUGACUUCGAGUACUAAAUCUCCCGAAGUUUCAUCACAAGUAACAUCAGCCUCAUACUUACCUCCUAUUAGUACUAUGCAAUCAAAUGACGUUGAUCAAUCUACAACAGUAUCACAACAAAUAAAUACUACUCCGUCGAGCACUGGACAAGUAGGAAUGUCGAAUUGUACUACAGAAGGUUUCUUCUCAAACCCUAAUGAUUGCAAGAAAUUUUAUCGAUGUGUCAGUCAUCAAUCCGGAUAUGUAAAAUAUGAAUUCCAAUGUGGUCCUGGUACUGCUUGGGACCAAAGUAUACAAACAUGCAAUUAUAUUGAAGAAGUGAGUUCCUGCAUGAUAAAUAAUAACGAAAUAGUAGGGGAAGGUUCGACCUCAACUACCAGUUCUAGUGAAAUACCUGCAAUUAUUAAUGAGAAACCUGGACAGAUUACAAUGAAACCCUCUUCAACUUAUAUACCAACAACUUCUGUCACCAAUGAGGGUCAAUCUACACCUACUAAAUCUGAAAAUAUGCAGAUGCUUGCAGAAUCAACUACCGAAAGUUCAUCGCCUUCUAAACCGCCAUAUCCAAUUUCAUCUUCCCCGUCUGGAUCAAUAAUUACAUCUUCUGAAUCAAACACAGAAUCAUCUAAUAUGGACAAACCGCCCUGCACGACAUCUAAAAUUAAUAAUACAAUAGUUUGUAAUGAAGAAGGAUUUUAUCCACAUCCAAUCUAUUGUGAAAAAUUCUAUCGUUGUGUUAACAAUGGAAAGGGAUUUAAUGUCUAUCAUUUUAAUUGCCCACCAAGUACUAUAUUUGAUCCCAGUAUAAACGCAUGUAAUUAUCCGGAAUCAGUUUAUCCAGCGAGAGAUUGUACUACAUCAACAACAGAGCCAAGUCCAUCUAGUAAUGAUAUUACAGCACAACCUACAACAAUAUCGGAAGCAACGGAAGAAUCUUUGUCGACUGAGAGUUCAACAACGCAAAUUACUACCGAAAUAUCUACAGGAACUACAACAUCCGUAGUAGAAUCUACAACUUCAGGAACCUCAACAGAAAUGACAUCGAUGACAUCGGAACAAACAACUUCUGAGGAAAUUACAUCUAUGUCCAGUACUGAAUCAUUCUCUUCGACAGUGACUGAAGGAUUAACAGAAUCAACAUCAAGUUCCACUGAACAAACCACAGAAUUCACAACGAGUUCCACUGAGCAAACCACAGAAUUGACAACGAGUUCCACUGAGCAAACGACAGAAUCGACAAUGAGUUCCACUGAGCAAACGACAGAAUCGACAACAAGUUCCACUGAACAAACGACAGAAUCGACAACGAGUUCCACUAAACAAACGACAGAAUCGACAACGAGUUCCACUGAACAAACGACAGAAUCGACAACGAGUUCCACUGAACAAACGACAGAAUCGACAACGAGUUCCACUGAACAAACGACAGAAUCGACAACGAGUUCCACUGAGCAAACGACAGAAUCGACAGAAGAAUCGUCUAUGAGUUCUAUGCAAUCGGAAGCAUCUCCUAGUGAAUCAACAACGGAACAAUUUACAACAGAAUCUCAACAACAGUCAACAACUGAAUCUCAAGAACAAUCAACGACUGAUAUUUCAGAACAAUCGACUGCAGUAUCUCAACAACAAUCUACAACAGAAUCUCAACAACAAUCUACCACGGAAUCUCAAGAAUCAUCUACUACAGAAUCUCAAGAACAAUCGACUACAGAAUCUCAAGAAUCGACUACACAGAAACAAGAGAAAUCUACUACCGAAUCAAAUGAAUUGACUUCUACAACCAAAGAACCUUCGAUGAUGACACCUUGUCCUAUUGGAAAUUUAACUGAUGAACAGAUAACUCUUAUUUGUCCCACAGGAUUCCGCAAACAUCCGCGAUAUUGUAAUUUGUUCUACCAAUGUACUAAUGAAGGUAAUAUGGAAAUCAAGGUUCUCGUUUUAAGUUGUCCCGAAAAUACUAUUUUUGACGAGCAAAAAAUUCAAUGUCUUCCUGAAAAUGAAACCAGCCAAGGUUGUACGGGUCUUCGUGCCAAUGCUAGAUUCUACAGAAAGUUGGAAGAAAAUUCUAUAACACCAGUAAAAGUCUCGUCGCAGCCUUUAUGUCCUGACGUUGGACAUUAUCCAUAUCGGCAGGGCUGUAGCAACACAUUUUAUAAAUGCAAACGGGACAGCAGAGAUAAUCUGCAAGGAUAUUUCUAUAAAUGUCCUGCGAAUUUCAUUUAUUGGUCGGUUUCUAGAAGAUGUGAACGUGCUACUCGUCUACCUAUGUGCACACAUUUAGCGUACAGGAAGAAUAAUUUUUGGGACAGUCGAUGGCAAUUACCAGUCGAAGACAUCAAUCUUUCCGCGAGAGCAUUGCGUCUCUUCUGAGUCAUUAGCUAAUGAUAUACUUCUUUUGUAAAUUUUCAAGAACAGUAUAAAUCCCUCAGGUUACAUGCAAAGCUUGUCAUCAGGAAAUAUUAUACAAGUCUUGCACGUAGAAGUGAAUGAGACGAUUAAUCGGUUUUUCUCAACAUGGCUGCCAAAGAUCGUGAUAUAGACAUUCAAUAGAUCUUCGAUAGCCAUCUUGAAACGAUUUACGUUCAUUCCAAUUUCUACAACGAAACUGAUAAUAUUUUUUAAUUAUAAUCGGUUUCAUUUAGAGUAGUUAGAUAAAACAAUUACUAAUUAUCAUCGAUCAUAAUUCACAUUAUCGUGCUGUACAAUUUUUGUUGACGACAGUGUCGAAUGUUUUUGACGAGAGAUCAUAAGCGAUAAUUGGGGUUUUGGUUGCGGGACUUGUAUGCAAUACAUGACUGUAUUUAAUAGUAGUAAAUCAUACGUAUAUUUAUUAAGCUAAUUAUUAGUUUAAAUAGUAUUGACAGAAGUUCACGGAAAGAUUCUCAGGAAAUGUCUUCGUUUGAAGAAGAGUGAUCCGUACUCUUGAAACGAGAAUAACAUUUUUGAAGCGACUGAAUUUAUAUAUUUGAAAUGUAAAAAGAGAGAAAGAGAGAGAACUUCAUGAGAAACAAAAUCGAACAUUUCAAUCAAUUUUUAUAUUUACUUUGUACAUAUCUAUUUUCGUAUUUCUAACUCAAUAUAUCAUUAUAACAUAGACGCAUAGUAUAUAAAUACUUUAGUAAAUAUUUUAAUAAAUAUGUAUACAUGAUU